UUCAUGUUAGAAUUGCAGGUCGUUCUGAAGGGCGUAGUCUAGUGUCAGGUGUGACGCCCUCACGUUUACAGGUGAUCCACCCUCAUGUCAAAUCCAAGCAGGUCCACGCGGAGUUAUUACAACACCAGAGCUCACACGGGACGCCCGCGAAAACUGGAACGAAGAGAGCACGACUGAAAGUUUCAGUUUUGCUCAGUGUCACGCUCUGACAGAUGUACUCUACCUGCACAGGACUUAAGGUCUGUGAAGAGAGCAACUGCGUCCGGGACAUCAGGAAGCACGUGGAGCAGAGUCAGGAGCUGAGAGGCCACCUCACCGAGCUCCAGAGGAACACUGAGCAGGAGAUCUCCUCCAUCUCACAGCAGCUUGGGUCUGUUGCUCUCGAGAGUGAGCUCCUGAGCUGUGAGUUAGCUGAUCUCGAGAGGCAGCAUCUAGAGGUGCAGGCUGCCCUACAGAGGAGCCAGGACUCAGACACCAGAGCCACUUUACUGCAGCAGAGGUGUGAGCUGCAGAUUUGUAUAGCCGGCCGGGCAGCGCAGAGAGAGCGUGUGUGUUUUCGGGAGCAGGCCCUUCGAUCCCUGCAAGGCAUUCUGAGCGCAGACGUCCACAGGUACCAGCAGGAGGCCCAGAAACUUCACCUGCUCAGCCACAGAGCCAUCCGUAGCAUGCCAGGAGAGAGCCAGCACCAACUGGACCACAUGGACAGCCUCUACGCACGCAACAGGAUAGCCCCAGCGCUCCGCUCAGAGCCGCUCACCAAUGGACACGCAGCCACGGCCACUAAAGCAGGGUCUCGAGGGUCGUCUGGCAGCCUGGAUGACGAGGACCGGAGGUGGAGGGCGAGCAGGCAGGCCACCUCCUCCAAAGGCACCAGUUUGACUCGCUCCGGGAGCGUGAAGGACCUGAUCUCCAAGUUCUCUGUGCAAGAAAGCCCCGUAUCCCUUUUGGAAGCGUUCCCCGGCGCGGCCCCUCUGAGUGGCAAGGCCCCUGUGCUAGAGCCCCCGAGCAGAGCAGUGCCGGAGGGAGCCAGCGGAGCCACAGAGCUCAGCAGACCUGCUGCUGCAGAGGGCCAGGGAGGGAAGGGAGGGUCCGUGCCCCCCCUGCCCACUGCGCCCCUCGUGCCCCCCCUGCCCACCGCGCCCCUCGUGCCCCCCGUGGCGCUGACGGUGACUCCCCCCGCUGAGGGAUCCCCUCACACGGACAAGCAAAGCGUGACAACAGCCACCUCCUGCGGGGCUCCGGCAGACAGUGGGACAAAGGUGGAAUCCAGCUUUGAUUUCAACAAGCAGCCCGAGAGCCCCUCGUCCAUGGAGGAUGAGGCGGCGCCCAGCGUCAAGCCCAACCAGAACCCCAAGUACCAGCUGCGCGUGAGCGGCGACGCCCUGGGGAACGGCACCAGAGAUCCAGGCGGGCUGGCGAGGGAGAACGGGCCCAGAGCGGGCAGCCACUUGGAGGGAGGCAGCUACCACGGCUCCAUGGAGUCACUGCCCUCCUGGGACAUCGGGCCGGACCGGGUGCCCGGCUUUGAGAGCCCCCCUCCCCGUGUGUUCAACAGCCCCUACACCUCAUCUCUGGACGCCUUCAAACCCAUCCACAGAGUGUCUGAAUAUAAGGUCCAGGAAGGGCUGUCCACUGUCCCCUCCGACUACAACAUCUUUGGGCUGAAUGGUCAUAGCACCAGCCCUCUGAUGCACAGGAAGAUGCACUCCGCCCCUCGUACACGAUACACCGCUACCUUCGACACCCUCUCCAGAUCGAGACGGGAGAGGGAGGGCAUCACCAACCAUGUGCCUCUGCGGGUGGGCACGCGGGACAAGCGGGACUUCAUCGAGGAGCUGACCAAACAGCUGGAGGAUGUCCAGAGGAGGAACCAGUUCCUGGAGGCCGAGAGCAUCGAGUUGGAUAAGGAGCGCAAUCAGAUCCGCUUUGAGAUGCGGGCGCUGCUGGUGGCCAAAGAGGACCUGGUGUGCCACAACGCCAAGCUCCAGCUGGACAUGAAGGCCAUGAGGGAGAGGAUGGUGGAGGUGGAGUCCAACCACAACGUCAUGGCGGAGCGCUUCAGACAGAUGGAGGGCGAGCUGAAGGAAGCCAGAGAGGUGAUGAUCGAGGCCAACAACCAGGAGUACGCCUUCAACUUCCUCCAGCAGUCCCUCAAGAACAAGAUUCAGGAUGCUGAGGAAGCCCUGGAGAAGCAGACACUGCAUGCCCAGGCGCUCUCAGAGAAGCUGUGGCAGGCCGAGCGUCGGCUGGAGGAGCUGGAGGUGGACACAGAGAGCCGGGGCAAGAAGAACUCCGAGCUCAACAGCACCGUGCUGCGCCUGGAGGCUGAGUUGUCCGACGCCUUGCAGAGCUCCUCCCAGGCCGGUGCAGAACUGAGCCUGCAGCAGAAACUGCGUGCGGACGCCCAGCUGCGGGUGGAGGAGUUGGAGGAGAGUCUUCUGGAGAAGGACCAGGAGAUGUUCCGUCUGCAGGAGAUCAUCAGCAGACUGCAGGGAGAGGUCUCUGGUAAGCUGAGUGAUAAGGAGCAGAGUCUGGAGGAUGAGAUCCAGCUGAGGGAGCGCAUCCAGCUGCAGUGCAAGCAGGCCGAGCGCCACGUGGAGGACCUGCAGAUGGAGCUGCAGACCAGCAAACAGGCCAAGGAGGAGCUGGCCAAGCAGCUCAAGAGCAUACAGGAGAGGGUCAUUGACCUGGAGGUUGACCUGGAGGAUGUGCACGACAGUGAGCAGAGAUGGGCUGCCAAGCACAAAAAAGCCCUUGAGCAGACAGAACAGCUUCAGCUGAAACUGAUUCAGGAGAAGGACCUGAGCGAACAGCUGGAGUGUGAGAAAGCCAUUCUCGAGAGACAGGUGAAGGAGUUGCGCUCGGAGGUGGACGAGUUGCUGAACUCUAAAGUGCAGGAGGAUGUGAUCACCAGAGCAGAGAGCAAAGUCAAAGAGCUAGAGAACACACUCAGGACAGAGGAGAGGAGCAAGAAUGCCCUGACCAAUACCGCCAACAAGCUGGAGAGGAGGAUCAAUGAGCUCACGGAUCAGAUGGAGGAGGAGCAGAAGUCCUUCACAGAGCAAAAAGACCUGAUGACUCAGCGUAUGCGCUCCCUGAAGCGGCAGCUGAAUGAGGUGGAGGAGGAGGCUGCCCGUAAGGACGCCCAGCUCCGGCACACGCAGAGGGAGCUGGCCGAGGAGAGGGAGUCCAGCCAGAGGCUCCAGAGGCAGCUGCUGGACCAGCACCUACAGCUCAAGAGGAAGGAGUCUCAGAUAAUAAAAAACACCCUAAAACUGGACCUGAGCUUAGAUGAGGAAGAGGACCCCACAGAAGCACCAUCUAAGGUUACAAAUUAAUCCGUCUGCAGCUCGAGAGAGUCCAGCGGAUGAUCUCCUGAGACCACUAAAAGACCUUGCCAGAAAAGCCGACUCCUAACUGCAUCCUUCUGAUCAGCUAGUGAACAAUAUUCAUAAACAGGUGAUGGGCACAAGAUGACUGUUCUCAAGAGUGUGCAAAACAGAGUUAAAAAACAUGCCGCUUGCACUGUAGCUCCCUUUGACUCCUGAACAGUGCACAAGUGGUAGUUGUUUUAAUUGGACAAUGGUAACAGAAGUCAGUAGCAAAGCUUGUAAAGGUACUAUAGAUGUUUGCCAAACCUCUGGUCUAUAACAAUGUACACAUCAAAAUUUUUAUACUACAUCAGAUCAAAUCCAUAUUUCCUAAACACAAGUGUUAUUCACCAAUCUGAAUUGCAGAAUCUUGCUUAAAUGAAGGAUAAAAUAAGGAUGAUAUUUUUCAACAAUUUUCAACAAUUUUCAAGUUGUUGAUUUUAUAAUUGGCAAAACAUGAAGUGUUGUAAAGACCAAAACAAGGAUUGACUUCUAAUCUUUUAUGCAAGUUUUCAGUGAGUUUUACUAUAUUUUUGAGAGGAUACUGUCACAUCUAAUGCCUUUUUCCUUUUGUUUCUAUAUUGGCCUAGAUAUUCUGUUGUUGAAUGUAAAAUAUUUAAGCAACACUAGUUUUGUUUUAUUCACCGACAUAUGAAUGCUGGGUUUGUGGUGUGAAUCUUAAUCUUCCUUCAUGUCAUCUUGCGAAUGAGUGAUCCUUAUUGUUUUCAACUCUAUUACCAAAGUUUUAUAUGUAUAUAACGUAAGAAGGGCUACAUAUGCUGUUUUCUGUGUAAAAUGUUUGAAUGUGAAUGGAAAGGGAGACAUUGUGCUAGGAAAGUAAAAACAUAAUACUGGUUUACUCAGCAGUAGAUUCUUACUGAGCUAGUAGUAUAAAAAUACAUGCCACUUUUGUUUGCAUGGUAUUACUGUAGCUGAAAUGCUAUUGCAAAUGCAAUUAUGCUUUCAAAGUGCCAAGUGCAAAAGGACAAAGCAGGUGAUGCGGUGCCAAAUUUCGUCAUAGGGAACAAAUGUCACAACUGAUAUAUUUAUUCUUCUCUGUGAAUUCGAUAAGCUUUAGACUAUAAAUGUUGUUGAAUAAACUUACUAAAUGCA